UACUUAAUAGAGUAACCAGGAAAUGAUGAUAGGCGGUGGUCUGUCUUCCUGAUUUGUCCAGCCACUCUCAAAAUACUAUAUAGAAUCCAUCAAAAUCGAACAUGGAUAGUCAAGGGAGGAAAGUAGUAGUAUGUGAUAAUGGCACAGGUUUCGUUAAGUGCGGUUUUGCAGGGACCAACUUUCCAUCUCACAUCUUUCCUUCACUAGUUGGAAGGCCUAUUAUCAGAUCAACUGCUAAAGUUGGUGAUAUAGAAAUCAAGCUGAAUAAGGAUCUAAUGGUUGGUGAUGAAGCGAGUCAGCUUCGGUCUAUGCUUGAAGUCAACUAUCCCAUGGAAAAUGGUAUUGUUAGAAAUUGGGACGAUAUGAAGCAUGUAUGGGACUAUACCUUUGGUGAACAAAGUUUGGCCAUUAAUCCAAAAGAAAGCAAACUUCUACUCACCGAACCACCCAUGAAUCCAGCCAAGAAUAGAGAAAAGAUGGUUGAGGUAAUGUUUGAGAAAUAUGGAUUUGCUGGGAUCUACAUAGCUAUUCAAGCUGUUCUUACACUCUAUGCACAAGGAUUAUUAACUGGUGUAGUAGUUGAUUCAGGAGAUGGUGUAACACAUAUCUGUCCUGUUUAUGAAGGAUUUUCACUUCCUCAUCUAACUAGAAGAUUAGACAUCGCUGGCAGAGAUAUCACCAGGUAUCUUAUCAAAUUGCUUCUACUGCGAGGCUAUGCUUUCAACCAUUCUGCAGACUUUGAGACUGUCAGGAAUAUGAAAGAGAAAUUAUGCUAUGUUGGGUACAACGUGGAACAAGAACAAAAGCUUGCAAAUGAGACUACAGUACUUGUAGAGAAUUACACACUUCCUGAUGGACGUCAGAUAAAGGUCGGAGGUGAAAGGUUUGGUGCUCCUGAAGCUCUCUUUCAACCACAUCUUAUCAACCAGGAAGCAGUUGGAAUUUCAGAAUUACUCUUCAAUACUAUCAAUGCUGCUGAUAUUGAUACCAGAUCUGAGUUUUACAAGCACAUAGUAUUAUCUGGUGGUUCUACCAUGUAUCCAGGCUUCCCAUCCCGUUUAGAAAGAGAGAUCAAACAACUCUACCUUGAGCGAGUACUGAAGGGCGAUACUGCUAAAUUAUCGAAAUUCAAGCUAAGGAUUGAGGACCCACCCCGACGUAAACACAUGGUGUUCCUUGGUGGAGCUGUUCUAGCAGACAUCAUGAAAGACAAAGAUUCAUUCUGGAUCUCAAGGGAAGAGUACAAUGAAAAAGGCCUCAAAUGUUUGGAGAAGCUAGGAGUGGGUCCAAAAUAGAACCCCUUCUUUUAUAGUGCACCAUCUGACUGCAUACAAAAGAACAUUAUCUCUACAUAUUGAAAGUCACUUGCUGCAGUACAGUGACAAGUCUUGCUGCAGUACAGUGGCAAGUCUAUAUAUUUUUCUUCUGAUUAGUGCUCAUUCCUUUUACAAAAGACUUUCCUUUCUGGUGCAAGAUUAGUAAAAAGUGUAUAAGACUACUCAAAUGUCUUUGAAGACAGGUGGUCUUUAUCUCUUUUUGUAAAUACUCCUCUAUGUUUUGUUCCCUCACCCAUGGCGAAAUAUUUUUUUCAAUAUAGUCGCAAUAUUAAAUGAUUGAUCAGGUACAUGUAAGUUAUAAGAUAGGCAUAAAUUGUGAUUGACCCAUGUAGUGUAUGAUUAUGACAUCAGAGUAUUUCUUAUCAAUCUGUUUGUCUAAAGAGCUCAUUUUAUCUCAACAUCAUGGCUAAUUUUCAUAAUACAACAACUGCACUUUAAUGUGGGGGUUUUAUGAUGAUUAUGAGAUGUUACGCUGUGUAUCAGAUGUACUGCUUUCAGCCAGCAUACAAUUGACUUCUCCUCAAUGAAUAUUUGCUCACUGGAAACAAUAUGAGUCCCACCUCACAGAGUUACAAAAGUUCAAAUGAAACUCAAUUUGUGAUUGAUCUCAAUUUGUGUAAUUAAGAGAUAAAUUUUAGAUCAAUUUCAAUUUGAUUUUAAUCUAUCCCAAUCGCUUGUAAGAUGGAUAUACCACUCAAGUGCCACAUGUAUUGUCAUUUAUACAUAUUGCCAUAGAGGACCUGUAUCCUACAGUAGGCCCAUAUUUGGUUAUCAGAAUUCUGUAUAUAUGUAGUACAAAGCUCAAUAUAAGGUUGAUUUAUAAGCUUAAUUGCAUUGAUAUGCAAUCAAUUUUACAAAUUAACCUAAUAAUAGUAAUAGUUACAUUUAUAUAGCGCUUAAUACAGUUCUAUAUCUAAACGUUUUAGAUUGCAAUUAUUAUUACAUUGAUAAUUUGAUCCUGGCAUGCCCACACAUAAUGUAUGCACUUUCUCCACUCCCUGGGAAGCAUUCCAACAAGAGUUACAAGACUCAAUUUCUAUGCAUACCAUUUAACACCUGAGUGGCAGUGUGGAUCAACACCUUGCCUAAAGAUGCUUAGGCCGCAGUGGGAUUUGAACACAUAACCCUCUGAUUACAAAGCAUGGGUCCAAACCACUUCACCACAGUGCUUGCAAUGGUUAUUCUUUGUGUUAUGGUCUCCUACCAAGGCCCAGUCACAUUUUACCCCAAAAUUUGUUUAAAUCCAUGACAAAAGUGUAGUACCAUUAAAGCAGUUGUUGCACCAUGGACAUGAUAUGCCCUCUUUUUAUCAAAGAUCGAAGAAAUAUUUUCUAGAAUAAUGGACAUUCUUGUCAUUCUAAGAUUUAUUGUACAGAUUUUAUACAGUCAUAUAUAUGUAUAUGAUAAUUUGAAGAAAACUUAUUUCAUGUUGUCAUAGUAACAAUACCUUAUACAUGUGUAUUGUUGAUAAAAAAAAAUGUAGGACUUUUUAUUCUACCAAAGAUCCAUUAGAGAAUGGAGUAAAUGUUUUCCAUUUGGUUGUUUCCCAAAUAUCAUCCAUUUUAUACAUGAGUAUUUAAUAUGGGUUUCCAUAAUAUAUCAAUUAGAUACCAAGACUUAAUGAAUUCACAGAAUCUGACAUUUAUAGAUGAAGAUGAGUAGGUUUGGAUAUCUUAAAUGUACUCAAGCACUACAAAUAGUAAACUGUCAAAUAUUAAGUCAUUAGAUAUGAUUAUAUAACUUCACACAUUUUAUUCUUUGCUUUCUUAUUCAUUAUUUAAGCAGCAUUGAGAUCUUCCAUUUUGGUUUUAGAAAUGUCACACCAUUUACCACUGGAGUGAUUAAUGUGAGGUAUGUGUGGUUUGUAUGUAGCCAUCAUUUCUGUUCAUAACUUGCCAUAUUAGUAGCCUCCCAUAUUUUCCUUUUCACUAACUUUCUUUUAUUCACUUUGAUGGUAAUAAUAACAAUGAAUAUAACAUUUAUACAGCACCAUCUAUGUAGAAAAAUUAUAUUCCGAGGCACACAAGAAAAAAGAGAAAAUAAGAGAGUUUGAAUGGGUAUCUUUGUUAAGUAAGAGAUCAUGAAUUAUUAUUUCUCUCUGAAAAAAAACAGAAAACUCCAAAUUCUUUAGAUCUUACUAAAUUUAUACAUGUAUAUGAAUAAUGUAUAGUAGUGCAGGUAAAUGAUCUUUAUAGUGUAAAUUGAUUUGAUAUAUAUUUUGCACAUAGAUUUUUUUAUAUGUAUUUUUUUUUUAUUGUAAAAGGAGUAAUGCUCUGAUUUCAUUCUCUCCAUCCACUUCUUCAUUUAUUGUUAGAAGGAGAGACUGCAAUUAACAUUUGAUUAUUUGUAUCUGUUUGGUUAAUAUAUUAUAAUACAUGAUAAUGUUCCUAGUUUCAUUUCUGUUUGGAAAGAUUUUCAUGACUUUACUCUUGACUGGAAUAUUAAAUGCAACAAGAGAACAUUAGAAUAAUACAUUACCUUCAAUAAUCUAAUAAAUUGUGAUAAUUAGUAACUAUUGUCUAUUUCAACCUAUUAUGAUUACCAUGCUCCAGUCAAUACAUGGUUUCAUCUUUAUGAACACACAUUAAGUUCUGUUCAAAGGAAUUGAUAAUUAUGCUUUUCAAUAAUGAUAGCUAAAAUGUUCUAUUUGAAAUAAUAAAGAUGUGAAUAUCCAGGAGCUGUUUUAUAAAGCUGUUCUCCUGACUGGUGAACCUAGAUGAGAUAUAACACAAGUUUUCCUUGCUUUAAUAUUAUGGGAGUGUUAAAUCAAGUUUAAAAGAGAAUAUUGAAUUUUAUAUGCGGGCAAUUUAAAAAAAAAAAACUUUAAAUAAUGGAUUUUCAAGUUUAUUUGAAGGGAAUGAAAAUGAUUGAGAAUUUGAUUUGGCACUCAUAGAAGGGUUGUUCAUUAAGUUAGGCAUAACUGACAAACAGCUUUAUAAUAGACUACCCAGAUAUGAUCUUUAUGUAAUAUUGUGGGUGCCUUCAAUUCACCACCCUGAUAAUAGAGACUUGUUAGGAUUCUAGUCUAAACUUUGUAGUUAACAUGUCUGUCACAUUAAAUAAUUGUUUGUGUCCACAAUUAUAUGUGUAGUAUAUUAUUAUUGGUAUUUGCAGAUUGUCUAUUGAUAAUAAAAUGAAAGCAUAAAUAGUA